GUUUAGCCAACAACGGCCUCUGCGAAGGGUGGACCCACUUUUCUAUUCCUAAACCAGUCUUACUUUUCUUUAUUUCUCUCAACACUCUUCAGAAAGAUAAGAACUCGUCAAUCCUUUCAACCACUCGCCAAUCUUUUCUCACAUGUACACCACAGAAACUAGUAAGAGUCAUAGAGUUGAUGCUUCAGUUGCAUUUGAAUUUUGAAGUUAUCGUGUGUGAUGUUGAUGUAGUGAAACGCACUUCAAUUGGGGGUGUAGCUAAGCGGUAAAAAUUGGACCUUUCGAUUUUGUUGGGAGGGUUUGUUACUUUGUUUGCUGCUGAGGGUUGUGUUGACUACUAAAAGUAAUGGCAUCGUCACAUGGUCAUGCACACUCGGACGCUGCAAAGAUGGAACAAAUAAUCACCGAGUUCUUCGCCAAGAGCCUUCACAUAAUACUUGAAUCAAGGUCUCUGUAUGCGUCCUCGCGCAAUUCCUAUGGUGAUCAAGUUGUUUCGUCGCCGUGUUCAUCGUCUUCAUCUUCAUCAAGUGUGAGGCCGAGGGAUAAGUGGUUCAAUUUGGCGCUCCGGGAGUGCCCCGCGGCGAUGGAGAACAUUGACCUCUGGCGCCAGAACAAUCUUGAGUGCAUAGUGAUUGAUGUGGUUUUGGUGCAGAGGCCUCUGGAUUGGGACCCUGUGGCUGUGAGUUUUUCCCCGAAAAGGGUUGUUCCUAGGAGUUCCUCACUGAAAGAAAGAUGCCCUUUUGGCUGGAACAAUAAUGAUCAGGAGGAAUUGGGGGUUGUGGAGAGGUGGGUUGUGCAGUAUGAGAGUAGGAGGACAAGGGAUUCUAAUUCUGGCUCUAGGAGGUCAAGCAAUGUUUCUUUGCAUAGCUUGUAUAAGAAAUCAACUUUACUUUUGAGGUCUUUGUAUGCCACUGUCAGGCUUUUACCUGCCUAUAAAAUUUUCAGAGAGCUUAAUUCAUCAGGACAGAUUAGGGACUUUACCCUUGCUCACCGCGUGUCUUCCUUUUUCGAGCCCUUCACCCGUAAAAAAGAGGCUGAAAUGAUGAAAUUCGGAUUCACCCCUGUGGAUACUUCUUCUGGUAGGUUGUGUCUUAGUGUGAUGUAUUGCCCCUCAACCUCUGAUGUGAGCUCAGAACCUUCGACUCCCAUGUCCCCACAAGUUAUAUCUGACUAUGUUGGGAGUCCACUUGCUGAUCCCUUGAGGAGGUUUCCUUCUCUUCCUGUGGCAGGGUUGCCAUUGCACGCCUCUCCAUCGUCCUUGCCAUCAUCUAGGCCGCGAAGUUUGAGUUUUGAUCAUUAUAGAGCCUCGCCUCCGUCUUAUUUUCCUUCGCCUAUGCAUUCAGAAUCACUCUCAUCAGUGUAUAAUGCUGGUUUGCGGCGUUUCCCCCCUGCAAGUUUGCCUCCUCCUCCAACUGAGAUGCCUUUGAUCCAGAAGAAGAAUACAAAUUUUGAUGAUUAUUAUCCCUCUCCAUCACCUUCAACUUAUAGUUCCGGGUGCAAGCCACUUUUACGAUCUGAAAGUGCUCCAGUCAGCAUACCUACUGCUAAAGUUGCUAAUUCCCCUGGAUACUCCAAUAGAUAUAAUUUGCCUCCAUCACCUCCCCUAAGAGCUUCAAGGGGCACCGCUAAGAUUGAUACAAGUACAACCACAUUGCAAACAGGUGCAACAGCUGAGAAGUUGUUUUCUCUUGGAAAAGAAGAGUCCCGAAAAUAUUCUGGAGUCAAGAUAUCAGCUAACAGCUCACCACAGAUUUCAAUUUCCAGAAGCUCCAGUAGGUCUUAUCAGGAUGAUUUUGAUGAUGCUGAUUUUACUUGUCCGUUUGAUGUGGAUGAUGAUGAUAUGACGGAUCCAGGAAGCAGAGCUGAGUCUUUAGAUCAUGGUCAUAUGGCUGAGACGCUUGAAGCUGGAGGAUUCUUUCCCACUAGAAAAUCUCAUGAUGCUGCUGUUGGUGCACUUGUACAUAUGCUGAAGAAAGCGCCACCUCUCCGUCAAGAUUACUCUGCCUCACAACACCUGUCACAAGGUACACACCCUGAAACCUGGAACAAUAACAUUCAAGGAACUAAUCAGAUCCUAGAGGCAUCAAAGCCAGCGAGCAUAAUGUCUUCCGGGAUGAUAGCCACUAGGAAAACAACAGCUGAUGCAUUGGAAGAGUUCCAUGGUUACAAAGAGAUGAAAAACUUGUUGCUCAUGCGAGGUAGUAAGCACUAGAUAUAGAAUUUGUUUGGUUACAAACUUAGAAGCGUUUUCAAAUACUUUUCUACUAAAAAUAAAGAAUUUUUUCUAGUAGAGAAACUCUCAAAAACACUUCAAGCUUGUAUCCAACCAAACGCCUAGUAAAUAACAUAUAGUAUAGUAAACUUAUGCAUCGGCCAUAUGGCUUUUAUGCUUGUGUUAAAUCAGUAAGACACAUGUACAGCUUUAAGCUUUUCCUCCCCUUGAUAAUCGGUUCAGUUUAAUAUGUUCUUAGUUUUGAAAAUACGUGUAAAUAUGAUGAUUAAGUUUUGAUCUAUGAUCAUGUCUGAGCUGGCUGGCAUGGUACAAGCCUUACAUUGUGUAUAAUACUUGAAACUGUUAAUCGACACGUAUUGUAUAUAACAAGGCAGAAGCUUCAUUUAA